AUGGCGCGCUUCAGAGCCAGCAAUAUUCUGGGCGACCCUUUUGCGCUCGCGACCACGUCCAUCUCAAUUUUGGCUUGGUUGAUCGCAUUCAUCUCGUCCAUUGUCACUGGCGUACAUGGCGGAUACCCCACCUAUUCGUGGUGGGCUGUUGCUUACUCCUUUUGCUGCAUUGCUGGCAUGGCGCUUGUCUUCGGCACCGAUACUGGUACCGUCUACAACAUAGCGAUCGUGGGGUAUCUUUCCGCUGGUCUUGUUAUUACAACAAUCUCCAUCAAUUCGUUAGUCUAUGCGAACAGCGCCGCAUCGCAAGCUGCCGGUGCUGGGUUCAUUCUUUUGGCUAUGGUUAUUAUCAUUUGGAUAUUCUACUUCGGAUCUAGCCCCCAGGCUUCGCAUCGCGGCUUCAUCGAUUCGUUCGCCCUUCAGAAGGAAGGUGCUGGCUCGUAUGGAAAUGGCAGGCCUAUGUCAACCGCCUUCGGCAAUAGACCCGAGACGACAUCCAGCCAACCCCCGCAGAUGUACACCUCCGCUCAACUCAAUGGCUUCGAGACUUCUUCCCCCGUGUCGGGCUACCCCGGUGGAGCCCCUGGCUCCGAACACCGCAGCUCCUCGCAGCCCCGCUUCGGCAACCCGUCCGCCACGAACCUGCCUAACAAUGGCACACCAGAUGAGGUUCCCCAGCCAACGGAAUAUCCGUACCGUGCGAAGGCCAUCUAUUCGUAUGAGGCCAACCCCGAAGACGCCAAUGAGAUCAGUUUCACCAAGCAUGAGAUUUUGGAGGUGUCCGAUGUGAGCGGUAGAUGGUGGCAGGCCAGGAAGGCCACCGGAGAGACCGGUAUUGCUCCAUCCAACUACCUGAUCUUGCUGUGA